UGCGUCCUCUCUGUAUGCUACACGUGCGCAUUCCGCUCCAAAAUCGCUGUACCUCCCGGAAGCUUCUCAUUCCGCCGCUUGUAUCCUGAAGUCACCUCCCCUCUUGAAGCUCAUUUUUUCCUCUCCAUCGGUUUCUGGCUGCAUUUGAACCUCCAGGUUGAGCAAUGCCAUCUGUUCCCUCAUCCAAGGAGGCCGUCAAAGGCCCCGUGUGCCCUCACUCUGCCAAGCUGCACGCCAACGGAGACACCCCGCUCCACGAGGGCUCGAUUCCCGUCAUCGGGACCGAAUCGGAGGCCAAUGAAGACUCCGGGAAAACCAUUCAGAUCAACACAAAGAACCCCGCCGUAGACAGGAAGUGGAUCCGGCCGGACCUCCCCAGCCGCUGCACGUGGAGCCUGGAGGCCUCCAAGACAGACUCGCCCCACGGACAUUUUUCAAAGUCCGCCUCCCCCACCAUCCUUCCAGACAUUCUGCACCGGAUUGGCGACACUCCCAUGGUACGGAUCAACAAGAUCCCCAAAGCGUUUGGAGUCAAAUGCGAAAUACUGGCCAAGUGUGAGUUCUUCAACGCUGGAGGCAGCGUGAAGGACAGGAUCAGCCUGCGGAUGGUUGAAGAUGCAGAGAGAGCGGGCAUCCUCAAACCUGGAGAUACCAUCAUAGAGCCCACCUCUGGAAACACAGGUAUCGGGCUGGCCCUGGCUGCUGCUGUUAAAGGUUACCGCUGCAUCAUCGUCAUGCCUGAGAAGAUGAGCAUGGAGAAGGUGGACGUGCUCAGAGCUCUCGGAGCCGAGAUCGUCCGAACCCCCACCAGCGCUCGUUUCGAUUCACCCGAGUCUCACGUGGGCGUGGCCUGGCGCCUGAAGAACGAGAUCCCAGACUCGCACAUCCUGGACCAGUACCGUAACCCCAGCAACCCGCUGGCUCACUACGACACCACGGCCGAGGAGAUCCUGAAGCAGUGCGACGGUAAACUGGACAUGCUGGUGGCCGGAGCAGGAACAGGAGGAACCAUCACAGGCGUCGCCCGCAAGCUGAAGGAGAAAUGCCCCAAUAUCAGAAUUAUUGCUGUCGACCCAGAAGGCUCCAUCCUGGCCGAGCCUGAGGAGCUCAAUAAGACCGAUAAGACCCAGUAUGAGGUGGAGGGAAUCGGCUACGACUUCAUCCCCACUGUCCUCGACAGAUCAGUUGUUGAUACUUGGUACAAAUCCAACGAUGAAGAGUCCUUCAAUCUGGCCCGCAUGCUCAUCAGGGAUGAAGGACUGCUAUGUGGGGGCAGCUCUGGGACUGCCAUGGCUGCAGCUGUGAAGUUCGCCAAAGAGCUGAAGGAGGACCAGCGCUGCGUCGUCAUCCUGCCGGACUCCAUCCGCAACUACAUGUCAAAGUUCCUGAGUGAUAAGUGGAUGGUCCAGAAAGGCUUCCUGAGGGAGGAGGACAUCAUGGUGAAGAAGCCUUGGUGGUGGAACCUGAAGGUGCAGAGCCUGAACCUGUCGGCGCCGCUCACCGUCCUGCCGACCGUCAGCUGCCAGCAGACCAUCAAGAUCCUGAAGGAGAAGAGCUUCGACCAGGCACCCGUGGUGGACGACGCGGGGGUGAUCCUGGGAAUGGUGACGCUGGGAAACAUGCUGUCAUCGAUUCUCGCCGGGAAGAUCAAGCUGUCCGAUCCCGUCAGCAAAGUUCUCUACAAGCAGUUCAAACAGAUACGCCUGAAUGAUAAUUUGGGAAACUUGUCUCGCAUUCUGGAAAUCGACCACUUUGCCCUGGUGGUGCAUGAACAGAUCCAAUACCUGACCAACGGCUCGACCGCGCUGAAGCAGAUGGUUUUCGGUGUGGUGACAGCCGUCGACCUGCUUAACUUUGUCACUGGCCGGGAACGAAGAGAGCGCUCCGUGUCGGAGUCCACCGAUGAGAUGUGAUCAGCUGACUAAAGCUUUCUCGCCCCCAAAAAAUAAAAGGAUGACCAU